AUGAGAAAGUUCGCUUUACAGGCCUUUUUCUAUGACUACUGCAUACCCACUUCUCACUCCUCCCUAUCCGGUGGAUUUUUGUCUGGAUUAGAGCCUAUGGUUCGAAACCUGGGGCUAGACUCCCCUGUCGCAGACGCAUGCAGGGCUGCAGCCUUUGCUAGCCAUGGAAUAAAACUACACCGAAAGUUCUUGAUCUAUCAGGCCGAAAUACUUCAUCAGAAUCUGCUCCGGCACUUAGCUCUUCGCAUACAAACACCAGCGGCCAAUAGUAAAGAAAAUUUGACCAUCGCAGUGCUGCUGGGCUUAUAUCAGAUGAUUAUUUCUGAAGAAAAUAAUCCAGGUCACCAUACGGCGCAUGCUGCAGGCGUAGCUGCGAUUUUGCAGAUUGAUAAUAAUUACUCGCGGGUUUUACAGACUGUCUUGACUGGGCAUCCGCUUCUCCUGGGUAGCAGGCAAAAAAUUGGGAUUCCUUCUCCACGAGUUGAGAUCGGAAUCGACCGUUGGUUAUUGAAUAUCUUGAUCAAGUUCUCUCCCAUGUGGAAGCGAAUGGAGGCAUUCUUCGCAGGAGUACCCAAUGCACAGGAUAUCUUUGAUCUGGCCCUCGACAUCAAGCCAGAAUUAAUAAUCCUCGACCGUGAGCUUGAAGACUGGCAAAAAUCUCAAAAAGAAGAAUUCAAACCUGUCACAAUAGACUCGGGUGUACCACCCUCCAUAAACCCAGGGGCAGGCUACUAUCCUGGGCGGGUGGACAUGUACAUCGACCUAUAUGUUGCCACCCUAUGGAAUAUUUCUCGCAUUGCCCUUUGCAUUCUUAAAAAUUUGAUGGCAAGGCUUCCGACUAUGCCCAGCGAUGACUCGUACAGUGAACCCGAUCAACAGACGGCAUUUCAUAUGGCAGAAGACAUGAUCGCAUCUCUCCCAUAUCAUUUGUCAGAGGACUUACAGAUCUUUCUAAAAGACAGACAUAAGCAUACCAAGAUCACGAACCCUGGACGCCCUGCGGGUGGUUUAUUGAUUAUGCACGCCAUACACGCUGCUUCUCGCCUGGAGAUAUUGCCGCUAGACAUGCGCGAGUAUUUUGAAACGUGUCUUACUUGGAUGGGAAAACGGAUGGGGAUUGGACAGGCUGCCUUUUUAGCUGAGGCCUCUGGAAUCGAUAGCAAAUAUCUCAUGGAUGGCUGGCUUCUCAUUUUAUUGGGGCUUCUGGUUUAG